UGAUUUCUUAGGAAACAAGCUGUCAAUCUGGAUUAUGCCCAGUCGCCCACUGAUAAAAGGAAGUAAUUAACAUCGCUCUCCCUCGCCAGGCUAGGACCAUUAAUAAUUCCCUGAAUUGUUUACUACUACUAGUAAUCCCUUGCCAACUUAUGUACAAAUCCCCCUUCCACCCACGCCGCCUCUGCUUUAGGAGUACUUCCAAAGCGCCGAACCAGAGGCAGGCACCUCGAUCGGCAAGUGCUCGGUUGACAUGGAGGGCGACAAGAAGGCGGCGGCGGCGGCCAUGGCGGAGGAGGCUGUGGUGGAGCAGAAGACGAAGGCGGCGGCGGCUGCUGCUGCUGGCGAUGUGAGCCUGAAGGAGCUGUCCAAGAGGCUCAACGACUUCGCCAAGGAGAGGGACUGGGAGCAGUACCAUAGCCCCAGGAACCUGCUGCUCGCCAUGAUCGCUGAAGUCGGGGAGCUGUCAGAGCUGUUCAUGUGGAAAGGGGAGGUGCGGAAGGGCCUCGCGGACUGGGACGAGGCCGAGAAGGAGCACCUCGGCGAGGAGCUCUCCGACGUGCUGCUCUACUUGAUCCGCCUCUCCGACAUGUGCGGCGUCGACCUCGGCGACGCCGCCACCAGGAAGAUCGUCAAGAACGCCGUCAAGUACCCGGCGCCAUCAAAGGAAGGCGCCUGAUGACGAACGAUACCUCCCGGCGUGCUUCUUUGAUGCUUUGCGAUGGCUGGUCCCUGCUAGAACCAGACAGAUACAUGAACUGAUGCUUGGUGCUGUUCUUUUCUAGUGCCUUUUAAUUCAAAGGUUAAUACAAAUAUUGCUCGUCUGAUAGCGUUUUUCUCUUUUUCAACUGGAGUUGGUCAGUCGGAUAGCUUUUUUGUCGACUUUGUUGUGUCCAAAACUGAAUCUAUAAAUGAGCAGAGCAAAAACAAAUAAACAAGUAGUAUGAGCAGUUUAAACUGUGCUACACUGAA